GGGCGGGCGCGGCGGAAGCGGCGUCAGGGCGGGGCGGGGGCCAUGGCGCUGUCGCCGUACGUGCAGGCCAUGCAGGAGCUGUUCCGCGCCAACACGCGCAGCCGCGAGUUCCCCGCGCACGGCGCCAAGGUGCACUCGGUAGCCUGGAGCUGCUGCGGCCGCCGCCUCGCCUCCGGCUCCUUCGACAAAACCGCCAGCGUCUUCCUGCUCGAGAAGGACCGGCUGGUAAAGGAGAACAACUACCGGGGACAUGGGGACAGCGUGGAUCAGCUCUGCUGGCACCCUAGCAACCCUGACCUCUUCGUAACAGCGUCUGGGGACAAAACCAUCCGCAUCUGGGAUGUCCGCACCACCAAAUGCAUCGCAACUGUCAAUACUAAAGGGGAGAACAUCAACAUCUGCUGGAGCCCUGAUGGACAGACCAUUGCAGUGGGGAACAAGGAUGAUGUGGUCACCUUCAUUGAUGCCAAGACGCAUCGCUCCAAAGCUGAGGAACAGUUCAAGUUUGAGGUGAAUGAGAUCUCCUGGAACAAUGAUAACAACAUGUUCUUCCUCACUAAUGGCAAUGGCUGCAUCAACAUCCUCAGCUACCCGGAGCUGAAACCCAUUCAGUCCAUCAACGCCCAUCCCUCAAACUGCAUCUGCAUCAAGUUUGAUCCCAUGGGGAAGUAUUUUGCCACAGGCAGUGCUGAUGCACUGGUCAGCCUCUGGGACGUGGAUGAACUGGUGUGUGUGAGGUGCUUCUCAAGGCUUGACUGGCCUGUGCGAACGCUGAGCUUUAGCCAUGAUGGGAAGAUGCUGGCAUCGGCAUCAGAAGAUCACUUCAUUGACAUUGCAGAGGUGGAGACAGGAGAGAAGCUCUGGGAAGUGCAAUGUGAGUCCCCCACCUUCACAGUGGCUUGGCACCCAAAGAGACCACUGCUCGCCUUUGCCUGUGAUGACAAAGAUGGCAAAUACGACAGCAGCCGGGAGGCAGGCACUGUCAAGCUCUUUGGCCUUCCCAAUGACUCCUAAUGAGAUUGAACUGGGGGAGGCAGUGCUUUCCUGCCCUCAGGGAUGGGCGAGUGCUAAAUUAGUGUAGGAGUUGGCUUCUCUCCUUGCCUGCUGGCAGUGCUGUGACCUUUGGCUCAGCUCUGUGCAUACUGUUCUUGGGAGCACCUGUAAAAAAGCAGCAUAUGUGCUGGGACGGACAAGGGGAGAUGCAAGCAAAGCCCCCCUUGCCAUCUGAGGGCUCCUGUCUGGUUCUGGGCUGCUUGUUCCAAAGGUGAGUGGCCAAAGAAUGUCACCAAAGGUGAGAGGAGCUCUUGCUCUGCCCAGGCUUCUCAGUGGUGAGCUCCCUAACAGCCCUGUGGUGAGGGCAGCCCUGGAGCACAGCCUGCCCCUUUCCCUCCCAGAUAUCCCAUGUUCCUUCCCCACACUGGGGCAACCAAGGGAGGGUGGGGGGUUGCGAGCUGGGGGAUGUUGCCCCAGCUGGGGAUUUUUGUUGUUGUGUGUAUGGUGUUU